AUGUCGAUCGCGCCCACCAUCGCGGGAGGUGACCGCGUUAGUGAGCGCGCGCCUGCCGAAGACACUGCGCUAAAUCGCGACGACGAAGAUGAGACGAAGGCCUCACUGGCAGCAUCGAACGUACCUUUGAACCAAGAGGAACUACACAUUCUCCUGACAUAUUCAACACUGCUGGCGUUGACGCGACAUCCCUCGCAGCCGGUGGUUGACCUAGACAUUCCGGCCCAAGUUCGACAGCUCGACGCCUUCCUGGCUGGAGAUGUCACCGAAGACGGCGUCGCGACACACUGGUCCGCCAAAAGUAAUGGUUCCGAGCGGCUUCGGCAAUACGAGAACCUGUGCGACCAGCUCGUCCCGAAUUUGACAGCGGCGAUCAAGAAGCAGUCGCAUGCGAACCUAAACACCGAGCGCAAGAACCGCGUGCAUGGCGACAUAAAUCCAGAACACCAAUCGCUCUCGCAGCUCUUCUUGAGUAAGGACUUGGUGACCUUGUACGGUGCGUUGGUGGAGAAGGCCAGGAAGAAGGGUCUCGACCCCGAUGUCGACCCUUGGACGAACCCGACGAAGUUCAGUAAGAUGAAAGCCUUGUUCGAAUCGAUAUACGUGCUCCAGUACGACUUCGAUAACUGGCAGCACAAGCGACCUAAACCGGUCUUCAAUCAGACGGCUCGUCUAGAUGCGGAGGAGUUCAUACGCGUGAUGAACAAGCGCGAUUGUAUUCGGGUACACCAUCGUGUCACCACUCCGCUAGGAAGGGUCUUCGCACAGCUGGACGUCAUUCCGGAAAUCGCCAUCAAGUACACUGAGCAGGAGCUGACCGGGAUGUGGCGCGACAAAACCCGUCCCAAGUAUCUCAUUCCGGACCCCGCUAUCGCCACCAUCCCGAACAAGCGGAGAGACACGUCUUGGGUGACUUCAGAUGAUGGAGAAACCUGGACGCGCGGCGAGACAAGCUGGGCACCUACCUUCAAGUUCAUGGUCUUUGACACAGCCACAAACGCGUACAUCCACGAACACCUCGUCGACCUCGACCAUCUUGAUCAAAUUGACCUUAACGACGAUGCAUGGGUCUUGAAGUACCGCAAGAAGCUCUCGCAGUGGCGCAAUCGUGACACUGGUGAGACAACCAAAAUGCGCGAUCCCUGGACCGAUGAUGAGCGUGCCAUCGUUUACGAGUGGGUGAACACUUGGGUCAAGAAGAACGGCGUGGACAAGCUCCUGCCUCGGGUUAUGGAGAGUGGGAGAGAGGAUCUCCAGGCUACUCUUGUGGCAAAGACAGGGUUUCUGCGUUCAGUUGACUCGGUCAGUGGUUGGGCAAGACAGCAGAUCACCAAUAAACCCAACGAGCCCUUGGGCAUGCUAUCCAUCGAGGGCCAGAAGCUGGCUGCGCGUAUUGAAGCUGGUGAAACCAUCCCGGACGACGAGCGCUAUCCUGAUCAGGCUAUCGACGUUGCCGACUUCUUGGCAAAGGCGAAGCCGCAGAAACCGUCCGAACACAACAAAUCCGGCAAGAAGCGUAAGCUUGAUUCCGACGACGAGACUUCCGUUGACUCUGGCUCGGACGAAGAUGGCGAGGACGACGAUUUGUUGCCCUCUUCCCCGCGCAAGUCUGACAAACGUCCCAGGCUUAGUGCCAAAGGCAGGAUACAACCUGGACGAGACGCGCAUCUUACCAAGGCCGAGAUGGAUGCUCGUAAUGAAGCAUAUACUGCCAAGGAAGUCGAUGAGACGGUUGACGACGAUGAGGACCUCGGCCGCGAAGUUGACAUGAUCUUUGAGUUUGGCGAUGAUGAGGAGGAAGAAGUAGUUGAAGAGGAUGACUAG